AUGAAUGAUGACAAUCCCGGAGGACCUUCUCGCGGAGAUGGUGCAACAUGCAUUGCACAGCAGCAAAUCAAUGAUGUAGGCCAGUACGUCUCCUUUUUGGGGAAAGUCACCAUCGAAAUCGACAGGCACGCUCCGAUCCUUGCCAGCCAGCUGUUAAUGUCCUCACAAGAGUGCUCAUGGCGCGACGAUGUUGGUAGAAUCGUGCUGCGACACACGUUCAAGGACGCGCUCAAAAACUAUCAUCCGUGGCGGCAUGCUGCACAGCACCCUCAGUGGACCAUGGCUUUCGAUCACGAUGAGAUGCAAGGUUGUGUCGCUCAUUGCUCUAUUGAUGGUCACAAUCCCCAUUUGAAGACUGUCCCAAUCUAUGUCUUCUCUGAAGAAUGCGACUAUCAAUCAGUCCAAAGCUUGCUGAGAGGCGUUCCAUUUGUGUGCGACUACGAGACGAUCUCCAUCAAGUGCAAAGCAUCUGAUUCUCAGGCCAGCAAAAGCCUCUGUGUUAAGUCGUGGCGAUCGCGUGCGGAUGCAUUGGGGAAGACCUUGACCAUUCCCAUCACAGUUUCGGGGAAGGCUGGAUACCGAUUGAAGCACAUCGAAGUCCAGGCUAGGUGGAUGAGAUGGGAGAAGCAAGAUGCUAAAGUUGUUAAGCUCGACUUUAUACAGGUAGCAAAGAAGAAGAGCUCAGCAGAUACUUCCGCUAAUGCUGCGCGGAGGUCGACUUUCAGACUUUCACGAACCGAUAUUUCGUUCAAGUCAAGUCCCUCCAACGAUGCUUUCAUGCUAGCUCCUGAUCAGUUGGCAUCUCCCGAAGUAGCUCAGAAAAUGCAUCACUUCUUGCUGGAGUUCAAAGACAAACAAGCUCGGGAUCGGUUCUACGACGACCAUGCAUCUUUAGAGAUAUCAUACAGAGAAUCUCAGGCAACGUCGCCAUCAGCAUCUCCCCCCGUAUAUGCGCCCUCGCUAUGGUCUCUCGCAACAUCGCCAAGCAUUGCAACGACCAGUGCGCCUACCCCUCCGGAUAUACAACGCUCCCCGAAGAGCAAAUAUGUUGAUGAAGCUACCCUUACACGCCUGCCAGGCCCUAUGGCGCACGAUUAUAUGCGCGUGGGUGGGCCAAAUACCAUGCAGAAUGUCGUCACUACGUCGUUCAUCUCGCCUAUUGCGCGAGCGACCUUUCACCGCCAUCUGUCCAACGCCCAUGAUGAGUUCCGCGUCUUGCGGAUCGGGCAAGGGCGCGACGGCUCUCCCCUAUCUUGCGAUUUGGAACACUGUCAAAUCCGGACGCCUCCCAAAUACGACGCCAUCUCAUAUUGCUGGGGAACAGAAUCGCCUUCACGCGAGAUCACGAGUGGCAAUCUCAAGGGUUUUUUGAUCUCAGAGCACUUGUGGAGGGCUCUGCAAAGGCUGCGAAUGGCCAACAAAGAACGAUUGGUGUGGAUCGAUGCUCUUUGCAUUGACCAGCACAAUGUAGUUGAGAGAAAUCACCAAAUAGCAUUGAUGCGUCAGAUCUACACCACUGCGUUUAGAACCAUCAUCUGGAUCGGCGACUUGCAGGGACCGGCGCGGCGUAAUUGCUCCCGGGCAUUUGCAGAUGACGAUGAUACCGAUCUCACACUUUGCGUGCAUCCUGGUCUGGCCGAAACUGAGCAUGAGAACGCCGUCGAGGACCUUCGCCGAGAUCUCGAGCAACUWCAGGAGCGAAACGCCGGCAAUGGUAGAGCCGAUGUAUGGUGGCGAAGACUGUGGACUGUUCAGGAAUUUCACUUCUCCACACGGUCGCCAUCAGUCUACAUUGGGCCGCACGCCGUCAAAUGGAUCCACUUCUGUGCACUAUUCGAUACAUUUCCUCGCUUCAGCAAUCCUAUUGGCCCGUUCUUGAAGCUUCAGAAGGAUGUGCCUAGUUCCUUGAGCGAGCUCAUAAUUAUGACUGGGCCAUUCCACUGUUCAGACCCGAGAGACAGAGUGUUCGCGUUGCUCGGCAUGGCGCAGCACGCCGGUAAGGUGCUCGCUCCCGACUAUCGUCGAAGUGUCAUCCGAGUGAUCGAAGACGCAUGCAUGUAUCUUAUCCAAGAAUCUGCCACCCUGGAUGUACUCCUCGAUGAACGCACAACGCGAUCGAUCUGGGGCAGAGAGCAACUUCAUGGCAUUGUGCCAACAUGGAUACCAGACUUGACCUGUCUACUUGGAGCGAGCGUGAUGCUUGACGACCACAAGAACAAUGCAGGUCUAGUCAGGGAUAGACCGCCGCAACCACCUAUUGUGGAGCUAUUGCCCUGUCCGACACCGCUGUUCUCCCUAGACGCGCAAUAUGACAUGCCAAGAACAUUGAAGAUACGCGCUGUGUAUUUUGAUACCAUCGUGCGGCGGACGAGAACAGCAGACAUUCCACCUCAUCAGCGCUCCCCUUGUGGUAGUCUUAUCUACAACAGUCUCAAGGAGAGAGGUCACAUCAUCGAUCAGAUAUUGAAUAAGCUUGAAUACGAUUUCGCUGAGCAUAGAGGACAGAACAAGCAUGAGCUUGAUGUAAACCCCGGCAUUGGUAGGCUCAUGCUUGACUAUCUCCUUGAAGGUCGGCGAAGUUACGUUGAAGAACUCGAACGGAGAGCCCGACCUCCCGAGAAGGAUCUGGUGACCUCCUACGAAAGACAGGAAGAAGAGGACCUUGCCUAUCUGCGACACGAAGCAAAGCAUCGAGGUUGCGAUCUCUCGGAGGAUUCCAACUUUGUCAGAGAGCGCUGGGCUCUCAAGAUAUCUCGGGCGGAAGCAAACGAGCGCUUCGUUCCAGAGCGGCUCAGAGAAGCAUUGGAGAGUGGAAAUACCAAAAUCGAACAAGACUUCCUGGUCGCUCGUGAUCUUGGCAAUCUCUUCGCGUAUGCGCGUGGCACCCGUAACCGGUUCUAUCUUCACACUAGCAAUCUCGACGCUCCGAUGCGCCGAGAUGUGCUCGAUUGCUCGAGCAUCGCCGAGGUCAAACGACUGAAAUCGCAAUAUGAUCUCCAAGCCAGAGAUCUCGAACUGCACGACUACAACGCUAAAUGUCGUGAGCGAGACUUUUUCAAAACCCAAGCUGGGUUCCUUGGCCUGGGACCUGCAUGUCUCGAGGAAGGCGACGAAAUCGUGAUUCCUCUCGGAUCGAGUCGGCCGUUUAUCUUGCGGAGGAAUGUAGGCUUGGGUUCGUUUCAUACUCUUGUUGGCGAGGCUGUGGUACCGAGUAUCAUGUCGGGAAAGUGGACUAGAUUAGAGAAGGACUCGUGGACCGAUUACAGGAUUAUGUGA